AUGGUAAAAAUUAUUGAAAAAUUAGAUAUUGAAUAUUUAAAUACUGGAAAAGAUGGACAUAAAUUAGAUUUAUAUUAUCAAGAUAAUGAUGAAAAUAAUGAAAAUAGACCAUUACUUGUAUAUGUUCAUGGUGGAUUUUGGGUUGACAGAGAUAAGAAAGGUUAUUCAGGAUUAGGACAUUAUUUCGCGCAAGAAAUGAAUGUAGCAACUGCGAUUAUAAAUUAUAGAUUAUCAAGUAAAGAUAUUAAUAAACCAGAAGUACUAUACCCAAAUCAUAAUGAGGAUUUAGUUCAAUCAUUAAUUUGGUUAAUUGAGAAUAAUAAUAAACAUGAAAACACAGGGGACAACAAACCAAUUUACUCAAAUAAGAAAAUCGUUUUAAUGGGACACUCUGUCGGUGGGCAUAUGAUAACAUUGGUUGGAUUAGAAUGGGAGAAAUACAUUGACCAAUUGAAAUUGGAUACUUGUAAAAAGUCCUACAAACAAUCAUUAAUUGGUUUCAUUGGUAUUCAAGGUCUUUAUAAUUUAAAAGCACUUUAUGAAGAUUUUCCAAACUAUAAACCUGAUAUCACUUUAGGUUUUGGUACUGAUGAUCCAAAUAGAUGGUAUGAUACUGUUUCUGUAAAUGAAAUUAUAAAUAAUAGUAAUAAUAAUAAUAUUGAUUAUACAACCACACAAUCAUGGAUGAUAGUUCAUUCACCAGAUGAUCCAUGGGUAAAUAAUCGUCAAGCAAUCGAUUGUGUUAAUCAUCUCAAAGAUAAAUUAUCAUUUAAAAAUGUAAUACUUGAACAAGAUUUAAAUGGUGCUCAUUUCGAAGUUAUUGAUAAUCUUGGUAAUAAAUUACAACCAUCAGCUGAUAAAUUUAGACAAAUUAUUAAAAAUUUCUUUUCAAAUUAUAUAUUUAAUAAAUAA